AUGAAGAUCAUCGAACUGAUUAUCGAUGGAUUCAAAUCCUACAGCCAGAGGACCGUCAUAUCUGGCUGGGACCAAACUUUCAAUGCGGUUACCGGACUCAAUGGAUCGGGGAAAUCCAAUAUUCUCGAUUCGAUAUGUUUCGUUUUGGGCAUCACCAACAUGUCCACCGUGCGGGCGCAGAACUUGCAAGAUCUGAUAUACAAGCGCGGUCAGGCGGGCGUCACCAAGGCAAGCGUAACCAUCGUCUUCGAUAACAGCGACAAGAGUACGAGUCCGAUUGGGUUUGAAGAGUAUGGGCAGAUCAGCGUCACGCGCCAAAUAGUGAUGGGCGGUACAAGCAAGUAUCUGAUAAACGGUCACCGAGCACAACAGACGACGGUGCAGAAUUUAUUCCAGAGCGUCGGCUUAAAUAUCAACAAUCCAAAUUUCAUCAUCAUGCAAGGUCGGAUCACCAAAGUGCUUAACAUGAAACCUGCCGAAAUCUUGGCCAUGAUCGAAGAAGCGGCAGGAACACGCAUGUUUGAGGACCGGAAGGAGAAGGCCACGAAAACAAUGGCCAAGAAGGAAAUGAAGGUGGUGGAAAUCGAAGGAUUGCUGAGAGAAGAGAUUGAGCCUAAGCUGGAUAAGCUACGAGGCGAGAAGCGCGCAUGGCUUGAUUAUCAGAAGACACAGAGUGAGCUGGAACGAUUGACCAGGGUGGUGGUAGCCGCCGACUAUGUUCGAGCAGGAGAAAAGAUGCGGACGGCUUCGGAGGAGCAUGAGUCAAAGAGAGCCAAGGUCCAACAUUUGGAAGAAAAUGCCGUCAAGCUGAAACGCGAGAUUGAAAAUUUAGAUGAGGACGCCCAAAGAGUACGGGCUGUGCGAGAGAAAGAAAUGCGGAAAGGUGGUCACUUUCAAGAGAUCGAGACGCAAGUCAAGGAACUCAGUCACGAGCUUGUGCGAUUGGCGACAGUGCUCGACCUGAAGCAGUCGAGUGUGGCAGAAGAAGAGCAGAAGAAGAAAGACAUUGCCAAAACUGUGAAUGGUCUCGAGAAGCAGGUUAACGACAAGAAGGCAGCUUUGGAACGGCUUCAGGCCAAGUGGAACAGCGCAAAAACGGAUCUCGACGCUCAGACAUCGGAAGUGGAAAAGAAAGAGGAGCUUCUUUCAACACUCCAGACCGGCGUGGCCUCGAGGGAAGGGCAAGAGACUGGAUACCAGGGACAGCUACAAGAGGCACGCAAUCGGUUGACGACGGCGGGCACGGAACAGGAGCAAGCCAAGCUGAAAAUCUCUCAUCUGCAACAACGCAUCAAAGAGGACGAACCCCGUGCGAAGAAGGCGCGAGAACAGAACGCCGAUUUGUUGAAAGGUCUCGAAACACUUCGGAAGCAAGCACGGCAAUUGGAGAGCAAUCUACAGAAGCUUGGGUUCGAGCCUGGACGAGAAGAGCAGAUGAGAGAACAAGAGGUUGCCUUGCAGAAGAAUAAUCGACAGUUGACGAAGGAAGCAGACGAACUUAAGCGGAAAGUGGCCAAUGUCGACUUCCAUUUCAGCGACCCAUCGCCCAACUUCGACCGGUCCAAAGUCAAAGGGCUCGUCGCGCAACUUUUCACCCUUGAUAAGGACAAAUCUAUUGCCGGGACAGCUCUAGAGAUUUGUGCCGGAGGCAGAUUGUAUAAUGUGGUUGUCGACACGGCCGAAACUGGUACCCAGAUCCUGCAAAAGGGCAAACUCAAGAAGAGAGUGACAAUCAUCCCUUUGAAUAAGAUCUCGGCUUUCAGAGCCUCGGCAGAGAAAGUUGGAGCGGCGCAGAGAAUUGCUCCUGGCAAGGUCGAUCUUGCAUUGUCGCUGAUUGGAUAUGAUCAUGAGGUAUCGGCGGCCAUGGACUAUGUUUUUGGCACCACGUUGAUCUGUCAUGACGCAGAAACGGCCAAGCGUGUCACGUUCGACCCGGCGGUACGGUUAAAAAGUGUAACGCUUGAAGGAGACGUCUAUGACCCAUCUGGAACGCUGUCUGGUGGCAGUUCGCCGAACACAAGUGGCGUCCUUGUCAUCCUGCAGAAGUUGAACGAGGUGACCAAGGAACUGCAAAGAAAUCAGGCCGAGCUUCAGAGUUUACAACAGACCAUGAGAGAUGAACAGAGCAAACUUGCCAACAUCAAGGCCGUCAAACAGGAGCUUGACCUCAAAACACAUGAGAUCAAGCUCAGUGAAGACCAAAUCUCGGGAAACUCGUCUUCCUCCAUUAUCCAAGCCAUCGAAGAGAUGAAGACGUCCAUUGUUCAGCUUCAACAAAACAUGUCAGACGCCAAAGCUCGACAGGCAGAAGCCGCCAAGGAUGUCAAAAGGAUCGAAAAGGAUAUGGAAGACUUUAGCAAAAACAAGGACAGCAAGUUGAAGGAACUGGAGAAGUCGUUGACGGAGCUCAAAAAAUCUCUUGGUAAGACGUCCGCGGCGAUCAAAUCUCUACAGAAGGAAUUGCAGGACGCCCGAAUAGACUGUGAACAGGCCGAGAGUGAUCUGAGUGCGGCUCAAGAGCAGCUUGCCGAAACCGAAGCCGCCAUCGAGAGCCAGAUGCAGGAACUUCAAACCCUCCGAGAGGAGGAGGCCGCCGUCAAGAGCAAACAUGACAUUGCGCAGGCGGAACUUGCCGACGAACGAGCAAAGUUGACCGGUUUUGACGAUGAGCUCCGGGAGCUGGAGCAAGCCAAAUCACGCAAGUCGAAACAAUUAGCAGAAGAGGCCCUUGAAGUACAAAAGCUCGGACAUGCGGUGGAAAAGGCGCAAAAGGACGCGCAAGCCGCGGCACAGAUGGUGGCAGCAUUGGAGAAAGAGCACGACUGGAUCGAAGACAACAAAGACCAGUUUGGGCGAGCCGGGACGCCGUACGACUUCCAGGGCAAGAACCUAGCCGAAAGCCGCGCGACACUCAAGAAUGUCACCGAGCGGUUCCAGGGCAUGAAGAAAAAGAUCAACCCGAAGGUGAUGCCUAUGAUCGAUAGUGUCGAGAAAAAAGAGGCCAGCCUGAAACACAUGUUGCGGACCGUGGUGCGGGACAAGAAGAAGAUUGAAGAGACGAUCAGCACGCUCGAUGAGUAUAAAAAGGAGGCACUUCUCAAGACCUGGCGUAAGGUUACUGAGGAUUUUGGCAAUAUCUUUUCGGACCUCCUGCCGGGAAAUAAUACGGCGAAACUGGUGCCUCUCGAUGACAACAUUGACCGAAUCCAGGAAGGCCUGGAGGUUAAAGUGUGUUUGGGCAAGGUGUGGAAACAGAGUCUUACCGAGCUUUCGGGAGGUCAAAGAUCUCUCAUUGCUCUCUCUCUCAUCCUUGCUUUGUUGCAGUUCAAGCCGGCUCCAAUGUAUAUUUUGGACGAGGUCGAUGCCGCUCUCGAUCUUUCGCACACCCAGAAUAUCGGCCGCAUCAUCAAGACGCGCUUCAAGGGGUCGCAGUUCAUUGUCGUCAGUCUUAAAGAUGGCAUGUUCCAGAAUGCCAAUCGGGUCUUCCGCACUAGGUUCAGUGAGGGCACUAGUGUGGUGUCGGUCAUGACGCCGGGCGAGCUGAAGGGAUGA